UCAUUUAGUUUAGGGUGAGCCUUUGUUGAUUUCGGCCUUUAAGAGCUCGGGUAAACAGCAAACAAUCGUUGUUUCCAGUCGGACUACUAUGUGUGCGACACACAUUCAACGCAAAGCUGCUACAGCCGGGCUGGUCAUGUCUCCUUCACGGUCCAUCUUGCUGGUGGGAGAAGGGAACUUCUCAUUUUCUGCCUCUAUAAGCCAGUUUUACAGCGUCACAGCCACUUGCCUGCAGCAUCAGGAGGAGGCAUUGCGGCAGGAGGGCGCAGCCGAUAACAUCCACAUCAUCAAGGACUCAGGUGGAGCUGUGCUUUUUGAGGUGGACUGCACAAAGCUCGGGGAAUGUGCCUCUCUGCGGGGACGAGUGUUUGACCGAGUACUGUUCAACUUUCCCCACUGUGGGAGAAAGAGUGGGGUGAAAAAGAACAGACAACUUCUCAAAAACUUCUUCCUCAGUUGUGUUCAGGUUUUGGCUGAAGACGGGGAGGUUCAUGUUUCCUUGUGCAACGGGCAGGGUGGGACACCGAUGGACCAGCCGAAGCGAGAGUGGCACAACAGCUGGCAGGUUGCUGCCAUGGCAGCAGAAGCACACUUAAUCCUUAGUGAUGUCCAACCUUUUGAAAGUGAGAAAUACCAGAGCUACAAGUGCACUGGAUACAGGAGCCAGGAUAAGGGCUUUCAUGUGGAGAAUGCUUUGCUCCAUGUGUUUACGCGCAGCCUCCCCUACAGCUCUGCUCAGACACUCAGAGUGGAGGAGGCUGUUGAAGGAGAGAAAGUCCAGUACAACAUCCAGGCUGAGCUCAGUGAUUACAUAUUCAGGGGAUUUCUGUCCUCAGGGUCUGUCCAUCCUGUCAGGUUGGUGUAUGAUUUUCUUCUUGAAGGACUAACAGAGAAGUGGUCUGUCUCCAUGACAACAGAGACUCUUCCCUUCCUCCUCACGGCCGAACAGCUGCAGACGUGCUGUCACGACAUAGAGAGUGCAAACUGCUACUGGAUUCACCUGCUUCAGAAAGACCUCAACUCUGACGCUCAUACCUAUACAGACAAAGAAAAAGAUCAGUCGACAUUCUCGGACCGUCAGGGAAGCGCAGGCACACGAAACACUGUGUCGGCCAUAUGUGAGAAAGUGGACAGGGUGAGGAGCAAAGGAGCUGAGAGUUUAAGGUUCGCAUGCUCUCUUGAUGUUGAUUCUGAAGAGGAAAGUGGUCUUUAUAUGCUGCGUCCUUCGCUGCACCCUCAACUAGAAGAGCUUCUAGCUAGAAAAGAGGAGUUGACUAACAACACUGGAAGUUGUGGGGAGACAGAAGGGAACAAUAAAAGUGUUGAAGAUGAAGGAAAUAAGGAGGAGGAGGAGGUUUGUGGGAGCUGUAAUGGCGUUGCAGGCUCAUUGUUUGGCAUUAGUGGCCUUGUGUUCAAGAAUGUGCCCAUCAACCUCUGGGCUCUGCCUGUUUUUCAUGAGUUUCUCCUCAGAGGUGUUUUCCCUUCAGAGAGCGAGCCAAUCAAAUUGCUUGGACAAAGGCUUGAAACACUGCUGGCUCCCUACGGGGUUUCCCUGGUUACGGAACCAGGAGGUCUGCGUCUGAUGGCGCAGCCGAUGGGUUCGGUCGGUCAAGUGUUUUCAAAUACUCCACCUGACAACACGAGCCAUGUCAGUGUCACCGUAUCCUUAAAUCUGGACCUCCUCGCCGCGCUCCUGUUCUCACUCCCAGACUGGCGGCUGCUGUGGUCACAUGACCCACGCUUCUCAGAACAGUUUGCACACCGCCCCCCGCCGGGGACACCUUUCCUCCCAUUCUCCCUGUUUCCCGAGCUCUUCAGCUUUGACAUCAGCUUCUGGACAGGGCCAAGCUGGGAGGAGAAGAAGUUUUACGCCGUGGUCCGAGAGGCCAGUCGCGGGACCGUGGAGCAAGUUAAACUCAUCGAUACGUUCUCACAUCCUGACCUGAGCCAGACCAGUUACUGCUUCCGACUCACCUACCAAUCACACACACAUGCUCUGUCACACACACAAGCCCUCCAGUUUCACAAAGACUUGGAGUCUUUACUCUCUUCUCGGCUUCAGGUCACCAUCAGGAACAAAAAAGGGGGCGAAGUUGGAACAAUAUCUGCAUCGGUAAACAUGGCGGCCAAGGCGCUUCGGCAGCGAACCAGGCGAGGCAGCAGACAAGAUGCAAACAACGUCAACAUCUCCACCGAAGCUCGGCCACCGAAAGAGGAGAAAGGCGGCGGCGACGACAGCAAAGUCGCAGAGACUCGGCAAGAGUCAGUAAGUCGUGGAGGGCAGGUAUGGGCCCCUGAAGGUUCGACUGCAUUUAAAUGCCUGCUCUCCGCACGAUUCUGUGCAGCUUUGCUCAGCAACAUCUCAGACUGUGAUGAGACCUUCAACUACUGGGAGCCAAUGCACUACCUGCUUUAUGGCACAGGGAUGCAAACAUGGGAAUAUUCUCCAUUGUACGCCAUCAGGUCUUACGCUUACUUAUGGCUACAUGCCCUUCCUGCUUGUUUACAUGCUCAUGUACUACAGACGAACAAGGUGUUGGUGUUCUACUUUGUGCGAUGUGUCUUAGCGUUCUCCUGCUGUGUCUGUGAACUCUAUUUCUACAAGGCAGUUUGUAAGAAGUUUGGUCUGCAUGUGGGCCGUCUGAUGUUGGCGUUUCUUGUCCUCAGCACUGGAAUGUUCUGCUCGUCUGCAGCAUUUCUGCCAUCCUCUUUCUGUAUGUACACAACGCUGGUUGCCAUGACUGGGUGGUUUCAGGACUCGCCGCCGUUAGCCGUAAUGGGUGUGGCUGCCGGUGCCAUCGUUGGAUGGCCAUUCUCUGCUCUGAUUGGGGUUCCCAUUGCCUUCGACCUGCUGGUGUUAAAGAGGCAGUGGAAAGGUUUUAUCACCUGGUCAGCUGUCGCUUUGCUGCUGCUGCUGGUACCAUUCGUGGCAGUGGACUCUUUCUUUUAUGGCAAACUGGUCAUCGCUCCUCUGAAUAUUCUACUUUAUAAUGUCUUCACACCACAUGGGCCCGAUCUGUAUGGUACAGAGCCGUGGCAUUUCUACUUUGUCAAUGGGCUCCUGAACUUCAACCUGGUGUUUGCUCUGGCACUGUUUUCUCUGCCACUCACUGCUCUCAUGGAGACACUGUUACACAGGUUCAAUGUGCAGAACCUGGGUCGUCCAUACUGGCUGACUCUGUCUCCCAUGUAUCUCUGGAUGUUGGUUUUCUUCACCAGACCUCAUAAAGAAGAAAGGUUUCUCUUUCCCAUCUAUCCUCUCAUCUGCCUCAGCGGGGCUGUAGCCCUCUCCUCUCUGCAAAAAUGCUACCACUUUCUUUUCCAGCGGUACCGUCUGGAGCACUACACGGUCUCUUCCAACCGGUUGGCUCUCAGUGCAGUUGUUGUCUUCACAGUCCUGUCACUGUCUCGCUCUGUCGCCCUCUUCAAAGGCUACCAUGCCCCUCUGGACUUGUACCCAGAGUUUCACCGCAUCGCCAAGGAUCCAACUCUGCACUCAGUCCCUGAAGGCAGGCCUGUUAGUGUGUGUGUGGGCAAGGAGUGGUACCGCUUCCCAAGCAGCUUUCUUCUACCUCACAACUGGCAACUGCACUUCAUUCAGUCUGAGUUUAAGGGGCAGCUGCCUCAGGCGUACGCCUCUGGUCCUCUGGCCACACAGAUCAUUCCUGCUAAUAUGAACGACCAGAACCUUGAGGAGCCAACCAGAUAUGUGGAUUUACGGCAGUGCCACUACCUGGUAGACCUAGACACUGAUGAAGAGACACCACAUGAGCCGCGUUAUUCAGCCAACAAAGAGGAGUGGAGCAUCGUCGCUUAUAAGCCUUUCCUUCAAGCAUCAAGGUCUUCGCCUCUCUUAAGAGCGUUUUACAUCCCGUUUAUAUCGGACCAUCACACCACCUACAGGCGCUACGUCAUCUUGAAAGCACGGCGGCAAAAGCAGCCUCGUAAGCGGACCCAUGGCUGACCCUUAAACGUCAACCUGGCCCCAAGAACAAAAUCCUAACACCAGAAAUCAAUCAGUUUCCCUCCAAACAGCUGGCAUGUCUGUGUGUGUGUAUGUGUGUAUGUGUGUAUGUGUAUGUGUGCGUGUGUGUGUGUGUG